UAACGUCUUUUAUCGAAAUUUUUUACCAUCCUUUUUUUUUUUUGUAUUCUGCUGCUCUUCAAUGUAGAACAUAGACGAAGAAGAGGACGAGACAAGGAUAAAGCAGAAAUCAUGGUUAUGAGAAGAGUUAGAAAUUAUAUUUUAACUCACAGUCUGUUGAAAGGAGGAGAAGGGGUUAGAAACUUUUUCGCUAAUCCGGCUGUAGUUAAGACACAAAAUGUUUUGAAAUAUGAAGCUGAAAUUGUCAAGAAGGGAGAUCUCGCUAAACAAAAGCUAGAGGACCUCAAAGCUGAAUUUAGGCGCCAUCAGAAACUUUCUGCAGAAUGUAAAGCAAAACAUGGUGCAGCUGAUAAGUUUAAGGCUGUUAUUGUGGGUACUGCAGUUGCAGUUUAUGCUUAUCAUAUCUCGCAAAAACAUGCAAACUUACAGGCCCUUAAACAGGAAAACAUGAUGUUUUUGGAGCAGAGACGUGGGCCGCUUGCGGAUCAUUAAGUUAUGUAGUUGAAGUUGGGGUCACCUGGAUUCAAAUUCUGGAUUAAAUGUCAUGUGCUGUGUUAUGUAAGUUAUUACUAGGGCUUGACCUGGGCGUUUUCUCUUUUCUGAAUGUGUUCUUCACUUCUGUUUUUAAGGUGUUGUUAUACUUUUAAACCUCUUGUAAUACUCUCAUCUUUGUGACCUUCUCUCUGUCUGUUACUUUUGUUAAUUAAACCCGUAUACCUUUUA